UGUCUUGGGAAUGAAACUGCCCCUCAACCUUGCCCAGAAGACACAGAAAACCCAAACACUGGGGCAACUAAUUCUUCAGCUUGUACGGUAAGAUUAUUAUUUGUUCGCAAAUUAUUGUUUUCAUUAGUGUUUCUAAAGGAAAUAUUCUUUAUUAAACACUUGUUUCCUAGCACCAGCCGAAUUGUCUAAUUAACUCAAAGCUCAUUCUGAUCUUAAUGCAAAAAUUUUAUGGAUAGCCGUUAAAAAAAUGUAAUAAAAAUCGAGGCGCGUAGUGCAGUCGGUAAUUGAUAUUGUCACUCAACGAUUGCGUUGUCAUCUUCCGGCCAUACUCCGACCUUGUAAAGUAGCUAACAAAAUCACGCUACUCUAAUAUGAGAGCAGCACUGUCUGCAGUGUCUACAUCUACUCAAAAAUGUUCGCCUGUGAAAAUCAUUUAAAGAGGUGAUGACGGUUGAUCCAUUCCCAAUAAUUUUGUUAUAUGAUAAAAUAGUUUUUAGUUUCAUUGUGAAGUCUAUUACUGGAUUUAAAAAUUCGGAUUUCAGACUCAUAUCUGUUCUUGCAGGUGGGUUUCAGAGAAGGAAAACCAUCUUUGGAUCCUGGGAAAGAGGGGUGGGGAGGAGAGUUCUUUUGAAUGCUCCAAGUGAUGGUGAUGAUCAAAAGAUUUUUGGGGGUUCAAAAUUUUUUAUUCUGGAACUCUUUGGGUAGGAAAAUGUGGCAAUUAGUAUUUAUUUGGGUAUUGGAUUUAAGAAGGGAUUUUUGGGUAUUUGAAACAAUUUGAAGAUUUGUGAAACCGCGCAUGUUUCCCAGCCGCUUAGUUCAACUAAUAAAGUGUUUGUGUGAUUGUUUAUAGAAACAUUACACUUCAUCCAGGGCUGCCAUUGAGUUUUAAAGCAGCCGUAGCAAAUGAAGAUUCACCCCUAACAUCUCACAAAAAUUUAUAGUGCCACCUUUUGCUAUCCACUUUGAUCACCCAUAACAUCAAGUGAGUUUAGCCGUAACAGGUCAGGUGUUACGGGUUACAACCCUUAAUGACAGCUCUGGGAUCUCACAAUAAAUGUUCGAUAACACUCGUUAUCCAUACUCAGCCAGUGUCUGGUGCUGUAUCCAUUGGGGUUUCAUUUUAUUUCAAUGAUUUCUCAUGCAUUGUGUCCAUUGCACAGCACGUCCGCCUUUAUCAUCACAGAAAUUCCCUUUUACUGAAGUGAAUUCUCAGGCUUGGAAAUUUCGACGGCAUGCAGCUUUCAGGGGGUAAAUUUCGUUCAGAAGGUUUUGGGGUUUGUUGGAAGUGCUACGGACUUUUUUGUUUUUGACUUUUGCCUUGAUUUGAUAAUCCCUGUUACUUGAAAUCUGGAGUAUCCCCCUCUUUGGCUUUGGAUUUUUGUGUUUGAUUACGGUAAGCCCAAUAGCAAGGCCUUGGCUAGUCAAGGGGGGGACUUGGUGCACAUGUCCAUCCCUCGCCUUUCUUCAAAGUGUAUAGCGUGUUUUUUUUUUUUACUGAAUAUUGGAUGCAAUCCUUACAGGCAUGUGCUUCAGGAUUAAACAGCACUGCGGGAUCCAUAUCAUGUGACGUUCCUUGUCCUGCCGGUUACGACUGCACAACAUCACCAGGGAAUGUGACAUUGUGUGCAGCAGGAACUUAUUCUAAUCAUGGAGAAGGAAUAUGUCGCCCUUGUCCUAGUGUUAAAGUGUGUCCAGACCCAUCGCAGCAACCUCAGGUAUGCUUUUAUUGAUCAAUUACAGUCAAACUUUUACACAAUAGUUUCUGUGACAACAACUUAUAGGAGGCCAUUGUGUAGAGUGCUUGUAGAACUUUGCUUAGAUGUAGAGAGUUGAAAUAGAGCUUAUAUUAAUUUCAUUAGGUUGUAAACUUAGUACAGUCAAACCCUGCAUUGCGGACACCUGCCUAACACUGACACCUCAUUAUUACCGACAGUUUGUUUUGUCCCUGGGGAAAGAAAGCCCCUUACAUUCUCUUUAAAUUCAACCCACUUAAUACGGAUACCCUGUUAUAGCUUGCGAGCAAGCUCUCCGGGGCGCUCUGGCAGCGGAGUGGGAAAAGAUAGGAGAGCUUGCAACUACGUCUCUGGAAUUUGAAUAUCUGCAUCGAAAAAGUCAAUGUGAAAUGCUGAUUGGUGGAGAUGACAUUAGUAAUGACAUCAUUACCCUUGGCGCAUGCUUUCAUGUGUUUUUCAAUGAUUUUUUGUAUUCACGCUCAUUUCCGCUUCACGCUGAUUGGCGGAAAUCUGACAGCUCAGUUGAUGGGGAACUACCGGGGAAUUGGAGGCGGAAAUAAAUUCCAGAGAUGUAGUUGCAAGCUCUCCUUCCUUCUAUUCCCGCCCUGCUGCCAGAGGGCCUUGGAGAGGUUGCAAGCUAACCCUGUUAAUAUGAACACUUUCUAUGGCCCCGUCAGUGUCUGUAUUAAUACGGUUUGACUGUAAUACAAGUCUCUUGAAAAUUGUGUUAACCCUGUAAGUCCCAAUAGUGACCAAGAUCAAUUUUGUCCUAUCAAUAUCCAUACAUUAUCAACAGAUAAGUUUUGAGAAUUAAUAAAAUGAUCACCUAAGUAAAAAUGCCUUGAUCUUUUAACAAAUUCUCUCAACUCAUUCAUGAAGGAAAUGUAUAGAGAUCAGUUUGGAGAAUUUGUAUGUAGAUACUGGGGCUUAAAGGGUUAAAGCCCAGUCAAAAUGUGCUGGCAGCUUUCAAUUUUGCUUCUCCUAGAAGAAUAUUUGUCACUAUUCAACACUAACCAAACUGGUUUUUUUCUUCACAGUACUGCCCAGGAGGAUAUCAGCCUGAUGUUUCUCAAACAAAAUGUGAUCCUUGCGAGGCAGGUAAAUUCUCAUUCAAUGGGACAUCAUGCCAGGCUUGUGCCACUGGAAGCUAUAGCCUUGGAGGGGCAGCAGAGUGUACUGUCUGCCCUGCUGGACACCAGUAAGUAUGCUGAUUUAUAUCAAGAAAUAUUCAAGUUAACAUUAUUCACCAAUUAAGGGGGCCCUUGAAAAAAGCCCAAAGUGACUUUUGGAUGNAAACUGGUUUUUUUCUUCACAGUACUGCCCAGGAGGAUAUCAGCCUGAUGUUUCUCAAACAAAAUGUGAUCCUUGCGAGGCAGGUAAAUUCUCAUUCAAUGGGACAUCAUGCCAGGCUUGUGCCACUGGAAGCUAUAGCCUUGGAGGGGCAGCAGAGUGUACUGUCUGCCCUGCUGGACACCAGUAAGUAUGCUGAUUUAUAUCAAGAAAUAUUCAAGUUAACAUUAUUCACCAAUUAAGGGGGCCCUUGAAAAAAGCCCAAAGUGACUUUUGGAUGGACUCGUAGAUUCUUUCUCCGAAAAGAUGAAACUCUGCAUGUACACUGUACACUGUAGCUUCUUUUACCUUCAGUUUCUCACCUUUAGCCUGGGCUAAAUCUAUAUAUUACUGUUUUUUCAUUUACAGAUGCUCCAAUCAAACCAUUGAUCCAGUCAGAUGUAAUCCUGGUGAAUAUGCACCUGCUGGUGAGACCAACUGUACACUGUGUGAAAAAGGAUUUCGCUGUCCAGAUGUCCCGUUAGCAAGUCCUUUGCCAUGUUUUAAUGGCACAUACACAGAUUCUAUGGGGCAGACAGAGUGCAAGCUCUGCACUGCAGGAAAUUUUUGUCCAUUCGCUUCACAAGGGGAGCGGCCAUGUGAGAAUGGAACUUACAGUAAGAAUGGAUCGUCGGUAUGCACUGAGUGUCCAGGUGGACAUAGGUGAGUGGUGAAUCUGCCCUUUUACUUUUGAUGUAAAACAGUGAAAAACUUUGAACCCUGCAGGAGUCAUUUCUAAAGUAGAUGGUGUUGACAUUGACUGACAUUUCAACACCCUGUGUGGCAGUCAUCUUCAGAGUUUAAGUGAGUUGUAUCAUGUCAGUUGAUGGUAUUGAACUCUGGUUAUUGACCUGAUUACUCAAUUAAGCUGCAAUGUCAUUAGCGAGGCGCAAAUCUUAUUUAGAGUCUUUAUAUCCUAUAAUAUCAUGGCUUAACUGACAGAUGACCAAUGACAUUGUCAUUACCAUGGAUACCUGAAACAAUAACACUUUCUGUGCCCAUUAAUUAGUAUCUAUUUUGAGAUAUCCUGAAUGAAUGCAGUUAUGAUAUUUAUUAUUGACCGGGCGCUGCCUAAUGAAAUAACUUCGAACCUUUAAGUGACAGGUAGGCUCUGUCCUUAAUUUUACCCAGCUUACUUUUCACGACUGCACCUUAUCCAUUUGAUUUGACUGCAUUUUUUGGGACUUACUUUUGACUUUUUUUCAGGUCAGUCCUUGAUCUUGUAUUCAUCAACUUUAAUAAGAUUCAUUUUUAAUGUAUUGUUUAAUUUUCUUUAAGUUGUGCUGAUCCAAGUGCAGAUCCUGUUCAGUGUCAAAAUGGUACCUAUGCACCAUCAGGAAGCCUUGCAUGUCUACCUUGUCCUGAGGGAGCUCAGUGCUUAACACCAGGGCUGUCAGAAUACGUACCUUGUCAUGACGGUACUUAUCUGUCGACAGAUGCAAACAAUGUAACCAGUUGCCAGAGUUGUCCUCCUGGAAAGAGGUGUCCAAAUCCAAAUCAGGCACCAGAGGACUGUCCAGAUGGAACUUACAGCAAGGGUGGGACAGUCGCAUGCACUGUGUGCCCAGGAGGCCAUAGGUGGGUCUUUAAGUUUAAAUAACACAAAUGUCUGGUUUUCAAUUUGAGUAGCAGGCCUAGUUCCUGGAAAGCAGGGGCUGUGUGUAUGUGAACAAAGGUGUGCUUAUUGUACUUCUUGUGGUGCAUUUUGUGGAUUGCUAUCACUUGGGUCAGUUUGCUUAAAACUAAAAUGAUGAAAUAGAAACAUUAUUAAAAACGUUAUCUGACAAGAGAUCACAGUAUACAACCAUGGAUAAAAGUUAAUUACAAAUCCAUAAAUAAAAGACUAUUUUGGAAACAAUAUAUAAAGCCCUAGACUGCGUUUAAAAAAUACCUUAUGCAAUGCUUAAAAGAAGUAAAAAGUGUCUCUUUACUUUUCCUGACACAUUUGUGAUUUGUGCCCCGCUAAUGGCAGUCUUUAACUCAUGUUUAAUUGUUCUGGAGCCUCUUACACACAAACUAAAAAAAUCACUUCAAUAGUUUUUGUAGUAUCUGUUCCAGCUUUGUAGGCUGUUAGGCCAUCAAAUGAAAGAAAUUCCUUGUUGCGUACUCAAUCAAUUAAUCAGUCAGUCAAUCAAUCAGUCAAUCAAUCAAUCAAUCAAUCAUCUUUAUUGUGAUUAAAAAAUGUCAGUGUCAGAUAAUUUGCUUCUAGAUGUGAAAAUGGUUUUAAGACACACCCUCAAAACAACACCUUGGUACAGUGAACAUUGAAGUGCUAACAUCAUGCUUUCAUCAUCAUGUUGUCGUAUCCUCUAGCUUAUUACAGCACAAAGAUGAGAAAACAUUGUUUUGUGUCCUUGUUAGUGGAAGUUUAGAAAGAAUUUUCUUUUGUUUCCAUUAAUGGGUGUCCACAUUAAGCAAAGGACUUUCCACAUGGUGUGUAUGGGUGUGUGUGGACCAACUGUACCUUUGAGGGGUGUUUCCAAAUUUUCUGACCUCCCCCACGUGACGUACCCUUCAGUCCCUGGGAUUGGCAGAGCCUUAGUGGCACAUACAUCCCACCAACGUACAUGGCCUCAGUUUUCUAUUCUUCUCACAAAUUCCACUGGAUAAUCUCUCUUUUUUUCAGAUGUCCUGUUAAGACAGAUGAUCCUAUACCUUGUGGAAAUGGAAGCUUUGCUCCAGAAGGGAGCACUUACUGUCAUGGCUGUCCAGUUGGAUCCCAGUGUCCCUCUGCAAAACUUGCAUACCACCAACUCUGUGCAAAUGGUUCAUAUUCACUAGUUGUGAAUGCCACAAGCUGUCUAGAGUGUCCUCCAGGUUUCAAGUGUCCUAACCCAAAUGUGGAGCCAGUGGAGUGUGAAAAUGGCACAUACAGUAAGGCUGGGGCCACCCACUGUGUUAUAUGUCCAGGAGGACAUAGGUAAGCCGUAAAUUAUUGAUAAUAAUCCAAUAACCUUUGAAUAAUAACCUGAUUUGAUGAGUAGCCCUCUUUGAUUAAUAAUAGGUGGUGCUAUUAGUAGUAAUGUAGUUCUCAGUAUUAAUUAUAUUCCUUUGUGUAAUUCUCUAACCUUGUACCACUUUCACAUAAAACCCACUAGUGCAUUUAUACCAACUCUCCCAGAUACAGCACUAAUCUCCCGCUCUCCUGUACGGAUGAAAUGGACUUUUGAGCACUUUUGUGCUUUAGUUUGAAAUUUAGCCCUUUUUUUUUCAAAAUAAUAACUUUUUAAUUUUCAUUGUACAGUUUCUGGGACAUUCUUGCAGGUAUUUAUCACUAACAAAGAUUAUUUUGUCAUUGCAAUGAUGAAAAUGAAUUUUGAUAGCAUGUAGGUCAUGUAAGACUUCAUAUAAUGUCCUAAGCCAAGGCAGCUGGGUCAAUUUGUGUGCAGGCAGUUGGGAGUGGUGGGCUGUUGACAUUCAGAGGGGGAGGGGGGUGUAGUGCAGAAUAGAGAGUCUCCAGAUUUUAGAUCUCCGGAGGCUGGUAUCUCUGCCAGUGAACUAACUUGGUGUCUGUAUUCGUCCAUAGCUGUGCUGACAAAUCAGUAGAUCCUGUUGUAUGCCCUGCAGGAAGCUUUGCACCAUCAGGAAGCCUAGAAUGCCAACCAUGUCCGCUGGGAUCUCACUGUCCAUCGAAUACUUCUGCUGUCCACACACCCUGUGCACCAGGAUCUUAUGCUAAUGAGACAUCGUUACUUGAGUGUCGUCCAUGCCCUGCAGGGUUUCUUUGUCAAACUCCGGCGUUGUCUCCUGUGGCCUGUGAAAGUGGUACUUACAGCAAAGGCAGUGCUGCUAACUGUACUGUUUGUCCUCCAGGAUUCAGGUACGCAGAAUACAUAGAAUACCCAUUACAGCUGUAUGCAUUCUAUAAUGUAGGCUUUUUCUGUUGGUCUUUUGACAUGUUGAGGAAAUUGCUUUUGAGGGUUCAAGGAAGUUUGUUUCUUUUUCCUAUCAGGUGCCCUAACAAAGACUCAGACCCUAUACCCUGUAAUGCUUCAACAUAUGGGCCAGGUGCAACCACAGAGUGCCACCAGUGCCCAGCAGGAUCGGAGUGUCCAUCAGCAAAACUUUCAACUCACGUGCCCUGUCGUAAUGGAACGUAUGCAGAUUCUGAAGGAAACUCAGCCUGUCUACAGUGCCCUGCAGGUUUUACGUGCCCUAAUCCUGCAGCAUCUCCUGUGCCAUGUGAAAAUGGGACCUACAGCUUUAAAGGCGCUGCUUUGUGCAGUGUUUGCCCUGCUGGUUAUAGGUAUUAUGUCACCUGAAAUGCUCCAUGUUAAUUAAAAUUGAUUUAUCACUGUUUUUCAUUAUUUUCCAUAUAAAACCAAAAAGGCUAUGAUUGAGUUUUGAUAGUGGUGGAGAAAUAAAAAAGAACUAGACUGCUUGAAAUGGGCCUUUUGUCUUAAAAUCUGUCCUUAAGUUGUUAUUCAAGCACUCGCUCACACAACCUGGCAGUGAAAAUGAGAAGGGACUGGAACAAGGAAGCACACCCAGUGGUCUUGUCCCAAGCCUUCCUUUUCUAAUAUUUUUUCCUGUAAGCUUUUAAGGGACAUUACUACUGUUUAUAUUACAUAGGAAACUCUUCUCUGCUCUAAAUGAGACCCCAUAGGCCUGGUUCAGACGCCGAACUUUUCAUGAGCCGAACCUAAUUCGAAUUAAAGCCGACCCAAAUUAUUUUGGGUGGUUGAAUUGAUUCUUAGGCCGAUCUUAAUUCCAGCCAAACUUAAUUCAAAAGGAGAAAAUGCUCAUUUCGGUCAAACUGCUCAGAAAAUAUGUUAUAAUAAUUUAUACAUUAGGUUCAGUACAUGAAAAGUUUGGCGUCUGAAUCAAAGCCGUUCCAAAGUCUCUCCAAAGGUUAAAUUCCCGGCCGGGCUAGGCGAAAAGAACGGUUGAGCCAUUCCAAAUUGAAACAGCCGUUCCUAAUUGGUUCACAUACCGAACUCUUCAUGUACUUAAUUCAAUGUAUUAGGUUCGGCUGAUUAAAAGUACCGCGUCUGAACCAGGCCUUAGUCACUGUUUCUGAAUUUACCUUUUGAUACCAUACUAAAUAUUUCUUCUUAAUUACAGCUGUCAAAAUAAAGCAAACCCAGUGGAAUGCUCGAAUGGCACUUAUGCACCAGCUGGGAGUAUCCAAUGCUUUUCUUGUCAAAAAGGAACCCAUUGUCCAACCAAUGGCUUACCAAUGUAUGUUCUAUGUGCUAAUGGUACAUAUGCUGAUGAGGAAGGAUUGAGUGAUUGUAAACCAUGUGACGCAGGCUUUCAUUGUCCGAGUGUUGGAAUGGAAGCUCCUUUAGUGUGUCCUAAUGGAACAUACAGCAAUACCACAGGUGCCUUGGAGUGCAUUUUGUGUCCAGCUGGUUAUAGGUGAGUUUCUGGAAGAGCCACUCAGAAGCUUUUCUGUCUAUAAUAACAUUUGUAUGAUGAUAGUUGUGGAAAUGUUGGCUUUGAUGUUUGAAUUUUAACUAUAAACUGAUUUACCUCUCUUUGCCUGUUCAGUAGUUGCCUGAUCUCAUGAUCUUAGUGCAAGCAGUUUGGCAGGUGAUAUUCCACCAAAUGACAUAGUAGACUAGAAUUAAGCACUCAAACCUACACCAAACACAUGCAGCAACUACAGCCAAAUCCUGCUUUACGGACACCCGCUUGUUGCAGACAUCUCAUUAUUACGUUUUGUCUAAAUUGAACCUGCUUAACACAGACACUUUCUAUGGCCCUCUCAGCAUCCAUAUUAGUAGGGCUUGCCACAGUUGUUACUAAAAUGUUAAAGGGGCUGUGUCACGGCAGUCCAGUUCAUUUUGUUUUAUUUUGCCAAAUAUUACUCGCCCUCACUCACUAUGGAACUUAAAGGAGGCAAAGAAUUUACAUGUAAAUGACAAAAUCAGAGAUUAGAGACAAACAAAUAUGUCCCCUGAGCAUUAUUUUUGAAGCUGCAAAUAGCAGAGAUAAACUUUGAAAAACUGUUGGGCUGAACAGUUUUCAAAAACCCUAAUUUCCAUCCGUUUCAAUCUUCUUCAGUUUUGCCCAUCCGUGGCAGCUGUUGUAUCUGUUGUGUCAUUUUAACCUUCCUUUAAUGUUUUAAGCGGUUAUUUUUAUGCUUCUUUGAAUUUAACGGGCAUUUUGCAAUAACCUAAUUUGGCUGAAUUUCGUGACACAGCUCCUUUAAGGCAUGAACAUGAAAGUCACUAAAUAAAUGUUACUGCACCUCAUCACUUGAUUUACACUAACUAUAAUGUACCCGCAUUUCCAGUUGUGAGGGUAAAUCAAACCGAGUGGAAUGUCCCGCUGGAACAUUUGCUCCAGCUGGGAGUGACAAAUGCAAGGCUUGCCCAAAAGGAACCUACUGUCCAACGGCAGGGCUGGAGACUUACACCCUGUGCGCUAAUGGCACUUAUUCAGAUGCUGAAAACCAAUUGGAAUGUAAGCUCUGUGGUGCAGGGUUUAGAUGCCCAAGUAUUGGAAUGGAAGCACCUUUAGUUUGUCCCAAUGGGACAUACAGCAACAUUACCGGUGCUCUGGAUUGUAUUCUGUGUCCAGCGGGUUAUAGGUGAGGUUCUUACUAUUAACCGUAUUCAAUUUAAGGAACUUUAAUAUCUUUAACUCAGCACAUUUAUUAAUCAGGUACAACGCAUAAUUUGUAAAAAAAAAUGCACUUUGUUCGGGUGUCAAUGUAUUUAGCACGAAAGUACUAAUUGAGGACAAUAUUUUUACAUCUACCACUGGACGCGGAACCGCCAUUUUUGGCUCAUCAGAACCACGUGAAGGUCUAGCUGUUUGCAGGGCAAAGGCAGUACCUUCAUUUCUUGGUUAUUGUGAGACCCUAAGUGUUGGUCCGACUCCAGGAAUCGAACCCGAGACCUCCCCCUCUGCAGUCAAGUGCUCUACCGACUGAGCUAAUCCUGCUUCAGUCAAGGAAUUUGUGGAGAGACUAAUGAACAGGACAGUUUUAGUGGUAGAUUUUAAGUUUCAGAACAGUCGACAAAUUAAUCCAAGGUUGCACCAAUCAAACACCACAAGCUGAUCUUGCACUCUUGAAGCUUGAACAAUAAUUUUUAUAUAUAGCAACUGCACUUCAUCGCACCUUGAAUCAUCAGUGGAUACCAUACAUCGAGUGGAGGAGACUGAUUGGAUAACUGGCAAAGGCAGAACUGUACUUACUAAUUAGUCAAGCACACAGCACCAUAAGUGAUCGGCCGUCCAGCACUCCAAUAGUCACAUCAUUCUUCCAGCUCAAGAAAGCUAACACAGCACUUCAUUCCAAAAAUUCAGCAAACUCUAGAUGAAUCUGCAAAAGCACUAUUGAAGCACAGUAUGUGUUUUCAGCAAGCAGCCAGUUUUCUUUCACAGUCGGUCCUGCAAAGUUUACCGUUGUCCUGCACAGUUAACCAUUGUCUUACAACUUCAGGACUUGCACCUGAAUGACGUUAUUGUCAGUGAGGGAAUUUGAAAGUGCACCAAUGAAGAAUAGUUUCUUAAUUCGGCGAAUGCAGUCAUAUUUACGAUGGCCUUACAUGGCUAUCUACCACAGUUGCAACUGUAACGUCUACACCAGUAAAGCACCAUUUAUGAACUCAGCACAUACGUGGAGAUAAUCGUAUCUUUUUUGGUUAUGUCACUCAAUUCAUACUUGCAUUUUUAGUUGUGAAAGCAAAACAGAUCGUGUGGAAUGCUUGGCUGGGACAUAUUCACCAGCUGGCAGUACUAAUUGUACAAGAUGCCCCAAAGGAGCACACUGUCCAAUCAAGACACUUGAAAAAUACAUUCUUUGCGCGAAUGGCACAUAUUCUGAUACAGAAGGCAGCUUGAAUUGUAAGCCAUGUGACGCAGGCUUUCGAUGUCCGAGUGUUGGAAUGGAUGCAGCGGAAGUUUGUCCUAAUGGAACAUAUAGCAAUACGACAGGUGCCUUGGAGUGUAUACUCUGCCCGGCAGGUUAUAGGUGA